GUGACAGUAACAUUUUUAUGGUGUCAUUUGGGAAUCCGAAUUUUUUGUAAAUCUUUACGAAUUUUGAAGUUUUGUGUGUAAUUAUGUAUUUUCAAACGAUUCGCGCCGGGCAAAAUCGUAUAUUGGGGCAGUUAUUUAAACUUGAUAGGUCCGGUUUGCUCCGCAUGUCUCCUGGUCUGCUAAACUUCGUCAGCUACAGAUACACAGGGAAUCAGAUCAAAUUCACGCCUUACGUGAGGCCACCACCAAUGGAUCAUGAUUACAAAAAUAUGGCUGUGAAGAGACCGAUGUCACCACACCUGACGGUGUACGCGCCCACCGUACCCUCAAUGACUUCGAUAGCCCAAAGGGCUACAGGUUGCGUCUUAACAUUUUACGCAUUCAGUUUGGCUGUCGGCGCUCUGUUCUUCUCCAAUGGUGUGGAAUCUUACGUGUCUAUGAUACAAAGCCUUGGACUUGGCUAUAUAAGCACCGUUGUAAUCAAAUUGAUACUCGGUUUUCCAUUCGCCUAUCAUUAUUUCAACGCCAUUCGCUACGUAAUAUGGAACAUGGCGAAAAUGUUGGAUAUGAAAUCGGUUUACCAAACUGCCAGCCAGGCGGCCAUCGCUGCAGUAGUUCUAGCUUUUCUUUUUGCACUAAUAUAGACAUUGUCAAAUAUCUACAGUUUCACAUAUUGCACAAUUAUUCACUAGCUUGUUUAAAUAUUGCGACAACUCGGCUUGUUUAUGUGCUAGGCAAACUGUUUAGACUGCCUAAAAUGUAAAUAAACUGCACCAAUACGUCCUUUUAUAAAAAAAAAAUGUUGGCUACCAGACGGUAAAAUAAAUAUAAAAAAAAUUGACAUUUUCAAAAAGCGGACUUAUAGUAUUUGUUGGACAUAAAUAUUUGCAAACACUGCUACCACACCGAGUUAGCGAACGUCUGUUUACGCUCCAUUUGAGGAUGUUUUUAGCGAGUGUCCAGAGCACUGGACACUGGUUCACAAAUAUCAACCAGUCGUGUUAACGAUAUUCGGAUGAAAUAAUUCGCCCCUAGGCUAAAUUCAUACCGAAAGUGCGUAUAUCUAAUUUUUUUAAGCGAAAAUUGAAUUUGCAGUAUCUUUUGCUGAUUUUAUAUUUAUUUUGCUGAUUAAAUUUAAAAUUAAGAAUCAAAUAAGUAUGGUAGAACUGCCAGAAUAAAGUUGGAGACUCGAAAGUAGGUAUGAUAAGAGACAGAAACGGGAGUGUGAUUGGUGAAAGUAAGGAUGUUUUAAAGCAGUGGAAGAAAUAAAAGUGAGCAAGUGUGGGAGAGCCAUGCUUCGGCACGAAUGGGCCGGCUCGACCGGAGUGAUACCACGGCCUCACAGAAAACCCACGUGAAACAACGCUUGCGUUGUGUUUCGUUGUGUGAGUGAGGUUACCGGAGGCCCAAUUCCCCCCUUCCCAAACUUCCCCAUCCCCAUUCCCGAACAACAACCCUUAAAUUCCUAAGUCCCAAAAAGUCGGUAACGCACUUGUAAAGCCUCUGGUGUUUCCGACGAGCAUGCCUGAAAAGACUGAUGACUGUUGAUGAAGCGAAAGAAGUGUGUAAGAACCGUGGCAAUUGACGUUCCAUUGUCUCUGCCUACCCCCAUGGGAGACAGGCGUGAGGUUAUGUAUGUAUGUAUGUAAUAAGUAUGUGACUAUAAUUAUCUUUUUUAUAAUUCUACGAAAUGAUCGCGUUAUCAACGUUUUUUUUUAAAAAAAUGACAUAAAAUUAAUUGUACUUCUUUUAAAAGUCCUAAUUUAAUAUUAUACUAAAGUUUUGAAACAAUUUAAAAUAGAUCGGAAGUUGUGCAUAGAUUUUUACGAUAUUAUUGUUGUAUGGACCCAG